AUGGUGUCUCAGGAACCUAGGACAUACGCUCCCGUCCUUUUCCUUUUUCUGAGCCAUGGAGUGGCAAGUCUCGGUGCAAAUUCCAGCCAGGAUUUGCACCCGUUGCUGCAAAAAAUGGCGGAAGAAAUAAUAGACGGGAGCUAUCUGAAUGCGUUCCUGGAUCUCAUACAGUUUCAAAGCUCCCACCUGUGGACGGCGGACCUGGCCCACGGAGUCCUGGCCUACCUGAACGCACGGGGCGUGGCCUUCACCAUCCCCAGCCUGCAGGCGGCCGUGGAGCACCACCUGGAGCAGCGCCUGUUCCAGCCCCAGAAGCUGCGGGAGGACCUGCGGGGAGCCGACGCAGGGCAGUUCCGCACCGCCCUGCAGUGCCUCGGGGGGGACAAGGAGGACCGCUGGGAGCUGGAAGGCGUUGUCAUCGACGUGGGGGAGAUUCGGAAACAAGCCUUGCAGAGCCCGGGUGUGAACCGCAGCCUGCUUCUCAUCACCCUGGAGAGGUGCUUCCAGGAGCUGAGCUCCCUGGAGUGCGUGGCGGUCCUGGGCAAGGUGCUGCGGGGGUCCCCGGGCCGCUUCCUGCAGCCCGGCCUCCCGGCGAGGCUGCCCGCGGGCCUGCGCGAGGACGCCUUCAGGAACCUGUCCGCGGUGUUCAAAGACCUCUACGACCAAACCCCGGCCCGUUCGCAGAGAGCCCUCUACUCCUGGAUGGCGGGCGCGCUGCGGGCGUCCUCCAGCGCCACCGAUGGGUCUGCUUCAUGGGUCAGCGCAGAAACCUUAUGGAUUUUGGGCAGAUACAUGGUUCACCUACCCCUUGAAGAAAUUACGAAAAUCAGUCCCAUCGAAAUGGGGCUGUUCAUCAGCUAUGACAACGCCACCAAGCAGCUGGACACCGUCUAUGACAUCACGCCGGCGCUGGCCCAGGCGUUCCUGGAGCGGAUCGGCUCCUCCGACUUCGACAUGAGGAACGCCUCCACCGUCCACAGGCUGGGGCUGCUCGUCUGUUUCUAUGGAGACCUGGAGCUGCUGGACGCCGCCCUGGCCCGAGUCCUCCUCCACCAGAUGAUCAAGUGCAGCCGUCUCCGGGGCUUCCAGGCUGGUGUCCAGAAGCUCAAGGCCGACCUCCUGGACAUUGCCACGGGGAACCAGACGCUCAACGAGACCCUGGGCUCCUUGUCGGAUGCGAUCGUGGGCCUGACCCACCGUCAGCUGGAGUCCCUGUCCCCCGAGGCUGUGCACGGCGCCAUCGCUACCCUCAGCCAGGUGUCGGGCUGGGCCAAGAGCCAGGUGAUCAUCUUGUCCGCCAAGUACUUGGCCCAUGAGAAGGUGCUGUCCUUCCACAGCGUCAGCCAGAUGGGCGUGCUGCUGGCGGGCGUCGGCGCCCAGGCCUUCGCGGGCAUGGACCCCAGGGCCCUGGCGCAGGUCCUGCGAAGCGCCGGCUCCCUGCACGUGUCCAGCCUGUCGCCGGCCCAGCAGCAAGGCAUCCUCAGCAAGGUGGCCGGAGCCGGAGGCGCCCCGGGUGCCGUGGAAGUCCCGGGGGCUUUCUUUAAGGAAGUGUCUCUCUUCGAUUUAAGGAGGGAACUCGGACUCAACUCCACUGUCCUACAGGAGAAGGAGCUGCGGAGGAGUCAGGCCUUGUUCCUGUAUGAGCAGCUGUCCCAGACCAGCAGGCCGGCCGAGCUCCUGAGUGCCGGGCAGCUGGUCAAGGGCGUGGCGUGCUCCCACAUCGACGCCAUGGGCGCCGACUCCUUCCUGGCCCACUUCCAGUAUUUUGAGAACAACCUCUCUCUGCUUUCACCGUAUCAGGUUAAUUGUUUGGCGUGGAAAGCCUGGGAGGUGUCCAGGUCCCUUACACAGCCCUUCCUCUUGGCUGCGCUCCCGGCUCGCUACCUGGCGGCCGUGCCAGCCUCCCGCUGUGCGCCCCUUCUGAUCGGCCUGGGGAAGAUCCGGUUGGACUCCUUGGUGUUAGAUCCCCACAAAAGGACUCUGGUCCUCGGGAAAGUGCAGCAGUGCCUGAACAACUCCAUUGCCGACGAGUACACCGUGGACAUCGUGGGGAACCUGCUCUGCCACUUGCCGGCGGCCGUCAUCCAGCACGGAGUGUCCCCCGGGGCCUGGGCCACAGCCCUGCACGGCCUCAGAGCCUGCCCAGACCUGAGCCCCGAGCAGAGGGCUGCGGUGAGGCUGCGGCUGCUGGAGCAGCACGGACCCCCUCAGAACUGGACGGCCGAGACGACGAAGGACUUGGGACCCUUCCUAGUACUUUUCUCAGGAGAUGAAUUAAGCUCUGUUGCCGCAAAGUUUCCCGAUAUCCUGCAGCAAGCAGCUUCCAAGAUGGUCGGGAUCUUGCCCCCCAAAGGAUUCCUCUGGGCUGUCUUUGAAUCUGUUCGGAACAGCAGUGAGAGGGGCCCUGGCGCUGCCCCCAGCCCUGGUUGCCAUGGAGUUGAGGCUCCCUCUUCCGACGACAUCUUCAAGUUGGCCGAAGCCAAUGCCUGCUGGGCCCCCCGGGACCUGCGCUGCCUGGAGGAAGCCACGUUCCUCAGGAGCGUGGAGCUUCUGGGGGCCGUUGGGGGCUUCCUCCGGCCUCAGCUGACCGCCCUAAAGGAGAAGGCGAUUCAGGUCUGGGGCACGCCUUCUUACUGGAGAGAACACCACAUCGUCUCGCUGGGCCGCAUUGCUCUGGCUCUGAACGAGAGUGAGCUGGAGCAGCUGGACCUCAGCUCCAUCGACACCGUGGCUUCCCUGAGCCAGCAGUCAGAGUGGACCCCAGGACAGGCUAAAUCCAUCCUGCAAGGAUUCCUGGAGGACUCAGGCUACCGCAUCCAGGACCUGAAGAGCUUCCACUUAGUAGGACUUGGUACAACUCUGUGUGCCAUGAAUGUCACCGAAAUCUCACUUAUACAGAUCUCAGAAUUCAGGGUGGUGGUGGCCAGAAUCGGGACCCUGCCCUGCAGCACCCAUGUCUUGGCCGAGUUCAAGAGGAAGGCAGAAGUUGUGUUUGGGGAUCCCACCAAGUGGUCCAGCUCCGUCUUGCAGGAACUCGGAACUAUUGCCGCGGGAUUAACGAAGGAAGAGCUCCGGGUGCUCGACAAGGAUUUGAUGCCGUAUUUCCAACCAUCAGCAAUCAGAUGCCUUCCUGCUGAGAUAUUCAAAGAGCUCUCUGCCCAGCAGAUCGCCGCCCUGGGCCCCGAGAACGCGGCCGCCGUGACCCCGGCCCAGCGCCGGCUGCUCCGCGCGCCGCAGCUGCAGAGCCUCCAGCGGGCGCUAGAUGGCGCCAAGACGCGCCCCUGGCUGGAUGCUCCCCCGAGCGCAAGCCCCAGCCGGACGCCCUCCUCCCCUUCUCACCCAGGAGCCUCCGCCUCCCGGGCUCUCUGGCUUGGCUGCCCGCUGCUGGUCCUAGCGCUGGAGCUCGCACGGUGAGCGGCCUGCCCGCACCCCCUCCACUGCCCGCGCUGCGCUGGAGGCCCCGGCCCAGAGCCUCCGCCAGGGCGAGGUGAAACGAAGGUCCCGG